GGAAAACACACAGGAAAAGUGAAUCGCUGGCGCAGUCAGACUAGCUUCAACGUUCUGCCUCACCCUCACCACCACCACAGUUUGGUGUAGACUUUCAAGAUGGAUGCUUUCAACUCGAUAGGUUUCUCUUUCUUUUUCGAAACGGACUACAUGUGUAGACCAGCCCGGCAUGAAUACUAAGGAGCUUUAAUUGUAAAAUGGAUUGAAUACCCGUAAAACGAUAAAAGUGGAUUUUUUUGUUUCUACGUGUUCGGACGGCCGUUAAUUUUGCAACUUCCUGGUUGUCGCAUUAUUAAUGUCGCUGUUGAAACUGCGGCGAAAGCUUAAGUUAACGCCACUGUUGAAUGUUUGCUGGAUACAGAUUACAUAGGACUAUCGUUAUGCAAUUCUGCUGUAAUGUUUAAAACCAGAGACAACAGUUUUCAACGAAGGGCAAAGGGAAAACGACAUAUUUCAUAGUGUUCAGCAAUGGAAAGUGGAAAUGGUGGUGCCUCGAGGAAAGGUGGUGUUUUAGUAGCUGUCUCAGAAAGUUCUGGCGUCUUUCAAAACAAUAUUUUGGCUCCACUUAAAAGUGCGUACUUGUAUGAGGAGUCAAAGCAGUCUUUCAGGUAUACAUCCGCUGUCUUGGUAAAAAAUCCAGCACUGGAAGAAAAGUAUUGUGCUUUCCGAGCAAAGAGAAAAGAAGAAGGAUAUUCAGAGGAGGAUCUGGAAGAAUCCUAUGGGUUUUUGCUGUUUGAUGAUGUCAACAAGGCAAAUGCACUUGGAGAAACUGGUGUGCUCACUGGAAACAGCACAUGCACCACUCUUGGAGAUCCCUCCAAAGGUGUUUAUGUAUCAAUGUACUCUGACUGUUUGGAUCUCAAUCGCUGGUAUCAUGGGAAAUCUGGAUACGUUGCCAUCAUCAGGCUGACAAAGGGUAGAGUUAAAAAGGUUUUAGAGAGCUACACCCAGAACUUCACUGCGCCCACUGUGGGGUUUGACUGUCAUGUGUCAGAACAGUUGCCUUCAGUAUCUGCCAAAACCAGCUCCUUUCUUGCCUUCGAGAGAACCCAGUAUUACAUGUAUGAGCUGCUAGAUGAUGGAAGUAAUGUGACGACUCAAUCUCCCAGCGCUGCCUGUCCUUUUGCCAUUGUAUCAUUUUCAUACACGGAUACCAAAGCAACGAUUGUAGCAUCACAGGAGAAAAGUGAGGUGAAAAAUCUCGUUUGUCAUUACUUUCCUUGGAGGGGUCAGCUUCAAAUAGGCACCCUGUUCUAUGAUGUUGGUCUGAGGUCUACAGUGGCCUUAAUCCCUGCAGAACUACCACCAGUGGUGAAAAUUGGCAGAGCCAUUUCCAUGUCAGAUCUGAGAAAGCUAUUGCCAAGGGCUGUCUUUGAAACCUGCUUCUCUGGUGAAGUCUUUCUAGAUGGCUUAUACUUUAGUCUGUAUGAGUUAGUUUCUUCUGAGGCAGUAGAAACCAACUCACUCCCUCUACUUCUGCGUGAGAUCAAGGAGAAAGAUCUUGCUCUCACUAUUCAGCUGAAUGAUGGUGGUUUUCUUAUCCUGUUGCACUCCUCACAUUUCCUCACAUAUGAUGAUACUGGUUCCAGUGCAACUGAUGUCCUGCAAGGCAUGUUUGUGUUUCCAGUCUCGCAGGUUAUACAGACAGACACCAAAUCUGGAGGGAAAAAGCCUGCCAUUUCAUCUGAAAUACUGCAGGUUCUACAGGUGCUUAAUUAUGCAGAAGGCGAAGUUGAGAAAACAUCCAUUGACCCAGGUGAAGAACUGUGUGAAGUCUUGGCACAGCAUAUGCAGCGUUACGCAGCCCUGAUAAAUCCUGGGUUGGCGUUAAGUCCUGCAAGGGAACUCAGCAUCUUUCCAGAUCAGUAUGAUGUGCUGGAUGCCCACAAGCACCUCUACUCAUGCCCGGAGUUGACUAACAGGGCAUGGCAGAGCUUCAGGUCAUACUUGAGCAAACCAGUCUCUUUUCAACUGCCAUUGUCCAAAGCUUCAGAAAUCCUGGCACCUAGACAAGAGGAGCGAAUAGAAGACCUUGAUGAUGAUGUCUACAUCUGUCUGUCAUCUCCUGAGGAGGCACCAGCCAAUCCUGUUAGCAUGGAGUCAGAGGACCAGUUGACAGGCCAGAGAUCUCCUGUAAACAUUGAAACACCUGUUGACAGUUGUAUAACAAGUGCUGCAGUACAAGUUGACGUAACAGCUGUGCCUCAGAAUGUUGUACCAGAUGAUUUGCAUGCUGGGGAUGCUACUAAAUACACUGGCAAAUCUGAUAUGACUGUGCUGAUCAAAACUGAUGACAUGGGGGCAAAAAAUGUCUUGACUGCCUCUACAUCACAUGACCUUCCUGCAGAGCUGAUUGUCAGCAUCACAUCGGCAGAGCGAACUGUCACUGAUGAGAGUUUAGGUAUGAUCAGUACUGUGUCUGCAACAAUGCAUAAUGACAUUCAACUUUCUGGUUUUUCAACAGCCAAAUUACAAAUGACAGGAGUGAACUCUCUGAAUGAUAAGACUGUUACAACCAAAAAGGUUUUGGAUUGCCCUGAGUUCACCAAACUCACGAAAACACAAAAGAGGAAACUACGUAGGGGACAUUACAAAGGUCGGAAAGGGGUAUCUAAAGUGUGCGUUGAGACUCGAAGUUUACAAAUACCAGUGGAGGAUGACAAUUUGAAGAGUCAGAAGGAAGACCAGGCCAAGGAAUCAUCAGGCCACCCACAGUUGAGUAAUCCUUCUUAUAUUGAGCGGAGGAAAGUACAGAGGCGACAGUGCAAAUUUAGAAAACCAUCAUCUGUUCGUUUAGCGGUUGCAGAGGAGAAACAAGUAGACCCUGGACAGCAGAACUCUGAAAGCACAUUUUUAAUGGAACUUGAAACUUUUCCUCUGAGAAAGAAAACUGAGCGCUGGGACUUAAAGCCGGUCAUCAGCGAAUGUGGAAGAAUCUUGGUGCCUCAUGGCUCUCUAGAUAUUGCUGAUCAGAUUAAGUCUUUAAAGGAUAAGAUUACAUCUACAAAAGAUGAAAAAAUGUUGGUUGAUGCCUCUGUUAAUGACACAGUCGAAAUGGAGCAGGAGUCUAGCACUGCUCCAAAGACAGCAGUGGAUGAAACAGAGGCUACAACAUCCAAGGAUGGAGGAAACCAUUUUCAAAUUGUUGUUAAUGAUGUUAAUCCUGAACACAAUAUUUUGAGACCUUCAGAUGAUGGCAAUGGUUUAUUGACUUUGAAUCAAGAGAGUACUGAACAUUCUUCAAAGACUGAUUCCACAGCAACUUCUCCCUCAGAAGCAGUUAAAGAAAAGCAUACUAAUACUCUCUCCCCAGAAAAGAUUGCCACAAAAGGUGAAUUAUUGUUGAGUAAAUUGAAAUCAGUUCUUCUAAGAGGAAAGAGAAAAAUGGAUUUACUUGUGUCAAAGGAGAUGACUGCAGAUACUGCCCAAGACACUGAGCCCCAUCUCAAGAAGGGCAAAGUUGAUUCAGACACUGGGAUGCUGAAGAGUAAUUAUACAAUUACAAGUGUCCAGGACACCAAUGCGCAUGUCAAGGAAGUUUCAAAGAUGCUGUCAGUUGACCCUCUUUUUGCAUAUGCCCUAGGCCUGACCCCUAAAGAGACACCAGAUAAGAUAAAGAAAACUGAGGGUCAGGAUACUCAACAAAGGCAAGACUCAUCAGAGACCCAAGAACAAACCAUUUUAGACAAACAACCUCAAAUCAUACACAGGCCUCCAUCAAUCUUUCCAAGAAGGGGAAGGAUUAAAAUGCUCAAAAAGCAUCAAGGCAUCUCUGCAGAUAAUGUGAAAAAGAAAUGGUGGUUGCAUUUUCAAACCCCAGCUUGUUAUGCCAGUGAAAAACUCAAUUACAAAGAGUGUACUAGGGAUAAUUCUGUCACCAAGACUGUUAAGGAAAAAAUGAACAGUGCUUGCUCAUCUACAGAUGCUUUGAACUUACUUGCUGACUUGGCACUCAGUGCCAGUAAUGACCAGGUUCCACCACAACCAGACCCAGCACUUGAGAGAGAACCUGAGACAAGUUUGAAGAAGUGUGACCUUACAAAAGAUGUUACCACUGCUGAACAAGAGUCAGUUCUUCAUGCUCUGCUUAGACAGCCUGCUGCUAGAUCCAUGCGGCCUCUUGAGUCUCCUUCACCAAGCCAUCUUAUGGGAGGUAGUGAAUUGGUUGGUUUGGUAUCUAAAGAACAUGCUUACUCAUUGCCCCCAUCUUCCUCUCUACUGUUGGGUUUGCCAGGUACACCCUUCCAGGUAUCUCCUUUAAGUGGUUCUACCAGACUGCUGCACCAUCACCAGACAAUGUAUGGCGAUGGAAUUAAAACACUACACCCAUCUGUCAGCCAGACAGACAGAAGUGAAAACUACCACAGGACUCCAGAAUACUUGGAAAAACACAUGGUGUGCAGAAGAAAGUUCAGACACUCCCGUACCUUUGUUGACAAGGAUGGAUCUAUCCAAGUCACAAAGGAAUGGAAAGAAAACUAUGACUUUAAUCUAGACAGCAAGUUCACAAAUGACUCAAAGGAUAGAACUAUCGUCCGAGCCUUGCAUGGCCCGUGGGAUUUCUCCAUGCAAGACACCAAUGAAGAAGUGCGGCUCAUCGUCCACAUGUGGAUUGGUCUGUUCUACAGCCGGUCCACAGCCAGGUUCUUUCAUGUUGACUCAUACCCAUGUUCAGAAGAGAGUGAUUCUUUGGAAAUGCCUAGUGGAAUGGUAUCAACACUGGCUCAAUCUGAGCUCAAGGCUAAUUCAUUUGCUCCUUUCCCGAGUGUAACAGACGCUUCAGACCAUUCGAUUUCAAAAGCUUUGGACCUCAGCAAAAAACAGGAUUCUGUGUUGGACCAAGGAUCUGUGGUUUUGGACUUGUCACUGAGAAACUCAAAUGCAGAGAUUGUCACUUCAGAUCCACAAGUCAACAGAAAAGAAACUUCUGUGUCUGGUGAUCUGAAAGAAGCUAUUGAAACAUUGAAGACACUCAAGUCAUCCAUGGGGUUACAGGUGGCAAGCACAAUUCAGUGUAACAAAAAACAAGUACACUACACAGAGAUCAUCAAUGAGAUAAAUGAUGCCGGAAGCACCUAUGAAAGUAAGAGGAAAAUAGCUGGGAGCCUGGAGAACACCGGACUAUCUUGUAAAGAUGACCGAACAUUCAUUCUUGUUCAAGACGAGAUGAAAAGUGUAUCUAUUCAGCCAGAAAAUAAUCCAACUGCUUCAGGAAUUGGCAAUGUGUUACAUGGAUGCAACAAUGAGGAGACAAAUGUGAAACAUAGCAUUGAAAAUAAGAGGAAAAAAGCUUGGAGUCUGGAGCACACUGAUGUACCAUUUUGUAAAGGUGAUGAAACAUUCAUUGUUGUACAAAAAGAGAUGGAAAGUGUAUCCGUUCGACCAGAAAACCCAACUGCAUCAGGAAUUGGCCAUGUGUUACAUGGAUUCAACAAUGAGAAGACCGAUAUGAAAGAUGGCCUUGAAAAUAAGAUGAAAAAAGCUGGGAGCCUGGAGCACACUGAUGUACCAUCUUGUAAAGGUGAUGAAACAUUCAUUGUUGUACAAAAAGAGAUGGAAAGCACAUCUGUUCAGCCUGAAAAUAAUCCGACUGCUUCAGGAAUUGGCCAUGUGUUACAUGGAUGCAACAAUGAGAAGACGGAUAUGAAAGAUGGCAUUGAAAAUAAGAGGAAAAAAGCUGGGAGCCUGGAGCACACUGAUGUACCAUUUUGUAAAGGUGAUGAAACAUUCAUUGUUGUACAAAAAGAGAUGGAAAGUGUAUCUGUUCGACCAGAAAAUCCAACUGCAUCAGGAAUUGGCCAUGUGUUACAUGGAUGCAACAAUGAGAAGACAGAUCUGAAAGAUGGCCUUGAAAAUAAGAUGAAAAAAGCUGGGAGGCUGGAGCACACUGAUGUACCAUCUUGUAAAGGUGAUGAAACAUUCAUUGUUGUACAAAAAGAGAUGGAAAGCGCAUCUGUUCAGCCUGAAAAUAAUCUGACUGCUUCAGGAAUUGGCCAUGUGUUACAUGGAUGCAACAAUGAGAAGACUGAUACGAAAGAUGGCAUUGGAAACAAGAGAAAAAAAGCUGGGAGCCUGGAGCACACUGAUGUACCAUCCUGUAAAGGUGAUGGAACAUUCAUUGUACAAAAAGAGAUUGAAAGUGUAUCUGUUCGACCAGAAAAUCAGAUUGCUUCAGGCCAUGUGUUACAUGGAUGCAACAAUGAGAAGACAGAUAUGAAAGAUGGCAUUAAAAAUUCAGAAGCUACAGCAAUGAGUUUAGUUCAAAAACAUGGAAAGGAUUCAUCAAAAUCUGUGACAGUUGUAGAGGUAGACUCCAACAAAGAAGCAGGCAAUGUGGUUCUUACAGUUAAGCAUGAUGCAAUUGAAUCCAAAGAUGGGGAAAACUUGGAAGUGAAAGAAAAUCCAUACCAACAAGGAAAUGUAGAACCUUCUCCAAAAGUGAUUCUUACAGAUGAUGAUUCAACAAACAAAGAGUCAGGUAUAGUCUGCAAUGGAUAUAUUUUGGAAAAUGAGAAGCAGUUAUCUGGAGAGGAACCUAUAUCAGUCUCACCAGGCAAGGCUGAAAAUGUUAAAGAUGUGGAUUGUUGUACAGUCUAUAAAGGUAAAGUGAUCGAAGAUGAAGAUCCCUUUGGAAAAGAAAAUGGAUUUGAUGAGAAAGACAGUUGUGUUUCACCUGUGGAAGCUAAUAGUGAAUUGAGUGAUCAACCACUACCUAUGAAUUGUGAUGGCCCAGAUUCAGUAAAGAAAGAUUGCAUUACAGAGUGUAAUCAGAAACCGCCAUUUGAUGAGCAACCACCUAAACGCAACAAAGAAGAUGCCUGCCAUGAUUUGCACUUGAGAAUGCUGUGGGCAAAUGGCAGUGUGUUGACAGAUGAAAAUGCCAUUUCAGAAAAAUCUCCUCACACUUCAUCAGAAAUGGAGCCUAUUUCUAAUGAACCAGCAGUUGAGGAAAAUUCAAAAAAAUAUAUUUGUUUGGCAGAUAAGGCACAUUAUCAGAAGGCAGCAUUACCCAUGUCUGAUGAGAACAACUGUUCGUUAGAGGUUUCUAACGCAAAUGGGUCAAUUCCCCAGACAAAUGAGAGUGUUGAAACAGAAUGCCAAAACAAAGUAAUGGCAAACUUCAAUCUAAUCGGUGUUGAUCAUGAAGAUGGGGAUACCCAAUCAAUUGAGGGAGAUCAAAAAGUUGUAAACCCAAUUGAAAAAGAACAAUUUUAUCAUCAGGCUCAUUCCCCUCAGUGUGAAGCUGAAGCUGCAUUGACUAAAGAAACAGACCUCAAACAGAUCGAAAAAACAAAUGUGGGAUUGGAAAAGAUCAAUAUUGUGAGUUUAAUUCCAUUUAUUGGAAUAGACUCCUCCAGAGAGGAUACAGUACAACAACACGACACACACUCACAAGGCAAGGUUGAAGAAGUUGACCAGGAAGAAAUACCAUUUAUCAGUAAAACUACCUACCCUGAAACUGUCCAACCCACAGGGUUAGGCGGUACAUCUGAAAUGUACAGUAAAAAGCCAGAACGGUCUGCUGUCAAAAUAUCACUUUCACUUCUUGAUGUAAGGGAAACCAACCAGCCAGUGGUCUCGGGAAGUGAGUCUGACGACCGGUGCCCUACCCCAACGAUGGACGAGAAACCAUUUCAGUACUUAACUUGCUCUGGACCUAGUAAUACUAGUGCUUCUGCUUUUAGUGGUAGUGAAACCUCCAAAAACAUGACUCAGAAAUGUCUUAAUACAGGCUCAACAUCCAGAAAGGAUGAGGUGCCUCACAAGUCUACAUUUAACAGUGAUGCCACCCCUCAUCAUGAUCUUGAACUAAGAACUCAUAGAGUUCUUCAAAGUAUAGACAAGUUCCGCCACCAAACAAGCCACACUAAAACAUCCAGCCAGAUUGAAGCUGAGAAACACUCUCUUGAUCAAACUCCUAACCCCAAAAACAAGUACAUCCCCACUUGCUUCACCACAAGCCACAUUGCAUCUGACUUUAAGGACAAGAAAAUGCAAUGCAAUACAACACCAGCAGUGGUGUCAGCCUCUACCUCACCAGAACUGCACACAGAAUCAACAAGUAACUUUCUCAUAUCACCUUUCAAAAGUAAAUUAGAGGAAGUACUCGGUGUAAAGUUGCAGCUAAAGAAAACUAACUCCCCAGUUCAACAACACCAUUUUGAAAGAAUAGAUAAAUUACAGGAAAACUCCGUAGGGCAAGAUUGUCAUCCCUACAGAUCUAUUCCCUGUACUGAGAGUUUGCAAGCCAUUAAACCAAAUAUUGACCAAGGUAGACAUAAAACAACCUCACAGAGCAAUUUAAGUCAUGAAUUGCGUUCAUACAGUCAGCGUCCUGUCAUGGCAGUGAAACCAUCCAAGACUGAUGAAUGUCAAGCAGGUUGCAUCUCUAAAGACAAACAAAUUGAAAAUGCUGUAAUGUCCCAUUUUUCUGUCAAUAAACCGACAGAAACCCCCGUAGUCACAUACACCAUACCUAAUACCAUGUUCUUGGAGAAAAAGACAGAAAGUCUCAAGGAAAACUUUGAGGGACUAAAUGAUGAUAAGCAAGAUGCCAGUGAGCUUUCUUCAAAGAGCAGUUGGUUAUCCAAUGUAAGUGAAUCUAACUCCGAUACAGCUAAAUUUGUGCUUCAAGAUCCUUUAAAGCAGUACCAAGGAAGGGACAUUUCAAAAUUAAACUAUAUUCCUUUAUCUUCUUUCCCCGCACAGUCUUUUGAAUCUGCAAAAAAAUUCUCUAAACUUGUUGAUGGAAACCAAGGUUUCAUUACAUAUAGUUCAGUUGAGAAAGUUGGGCAAACAACUAAAGAGAGUAUUGAGAUUGAUCAAAAAGACUGCUCAGAUGCAUCAACUUCACAUGCGGUUUACAAAGAUGGUGGCAUAAUAGAUGACCGUCUCUUCCUGGGACCUCAAAGCUCACUCAUGUGUACGGUCUAUAACACCAGCAGGAAGACAUCCUAUUCUUUUCUGGAGCAGGUUUCUCAGAGGUGCCUACAAGACGACCCCACUGAGGCGUCAAUGGAGCAGGAGUGCCUUAUCUUCUCAGAACAAAUGAAACAGCUUUUGAAAAGGAGUAAGAGGGUACCCGUCCGCCAACAGGGCACACAUGACGAAGUGAAUUUGUCUUGCGCCAGUCCUGUGACUGUGCACUUUUGCAGUCUAGAAGAGCAGGAGGAUUCAGUGGAUCACUUGACUGCACAUUUAGAUGUACCGUCACUUCUUGGACAAAAAAUUAAGGUAAACAUGUCUGACAGGAAAAAGACUACAGAGGAAGACCAGACUCAUUCUCCAAAUGUGUCUCGGGGAACAGGGAACCCCAUGGAACAUGCUGGAGUUUCUGCUGUGACUUCAGAGUGUGUCAGGCUGUAUGAGGAAAUGAUGAAUGAUGUUUGUGCUGUCAAAAAGAUCCCAUCUAGACCACACAAACACUUCAGAAUUCAUAGAAGUUACUCAAAGGCUGAACCAAGUAACCAUUUUGACUUUUGUGAUCAAAUGAAGAGAGAGAUGGAUGAGAGUUUCCGCAGUAAUCUGAAUUCAGUUGUGAAGAAAUCCUGUAAAACAAAGUACAGAUUCUACGUACUAUUGACGUCUGAUGAUGCCUUCUUUGAGGAAACCAAGGCACAGUUAGAGGCAGAAGGCCACACUGCUGUACAGCCAUCUGAGUUCUUCCUUGGUGAGGAUAGUUCUUCAUCUCUACUCAUCAUCCUCAGGAAUGAAGACAUUGCAGAGCACAUUUGUGAGGUCCCACAUUUGCUCGAGCUGAAGAAGUCCCCAGGUGCGCAGUUUGCUGGAAUUGACGAACCAGAUGAUGUCGUGAAUCUCACCCAUCAGGAGCUCUUCACGAGGGGUGGCUUUGUAAUGUUCGACAGAGCUGCACUGGAGUCCCUCAGUUUUUGCGAAAUGAAAAAAAUGUCAGAAAUCUUGCAAGAGCGAAGCAGAACGGGGAAGUGGAAAUGGAUGCUGCACUACAGAGAUAGCCGUCGGCUGAAAGAAAAUGCAAGGUUGAGUGCAGAGGCAAAAGAGAAGACGCACUUCCUAAACUGGUGCCAAGAAGCUGGAAUAUUGGAGGUCUUGCCUUAUCAUGAGUGUGACCUCAUGUCGAGAGAGCAGCCUGACUAUCUCACGUGUUUGGUCCGUUUGCAGGUCCAGAAUAUAUCAGCCCGUUACCCUGUUUUUAUAACCGAUACAACAACAGACAGCGCAUUUGGAAAGAAUGGAAUUUUAACAAUGACUUUUGACUCUUUCCUGACGUAUUCUCCAAGCAAACCAAUUACAGCCUGACUUGGAAAAUGUCAGAUGGACAAACUUAAAUUGUGCUAAUUCAAGAACAAAACUCACUGGAGAACCCAGUAAUUUACUAUUUUAUGGUGAUUUAAAACGUACUACAUUUAAUAUUUUUCUUGUGUUGUCAGUAAAGCUCUUUUGCAUCAAGCAAUAAUUAUUCAUUUAUUGUCAUUUAUGGGAUUUUUUUUUUUUCAUUUUUGUCAACUAAGUUAUUAAGUUAAUGGAUAGAGUGACAGUGCCAAUAUACAGACUGUAUAUACUGCAUUUUGUAUUAUAUUUUUUAUUGUAAAUUGUUUUUACAGUGUAUAUUGUUUUAUUUACAAUCCUGAGUUUAUACAUUUGCAGCACAAUCAUUAGUGUUUGUUUUUAGAUAAAAAUCGAGAAAAUUGCAACAAAAUUUAAUCAGGAUGUUUUCUGUUUUAUAUAUUAAAGUAUACUACUGCACACUGUUA